GAGCAUCAUGGUACGCUGCUGGGAAACACAAUACAAAGUGCAGUUGCAGUCUUAAAUAAUCUGGUUUCUCAUAAAAGUACGAACAUGGCAUUACUUUAUGAACAAGGUUUAGUACAUCAUGUCUGUAAUCUUCUAAUAGAAACCGCCACUCUGUGCUUGGAUGUGGAUGAUAAAAGCAACAUCAAGACAGCAAAUGCAUUGCUCCUCCUCUUGCUUGACAUUUUGCACCACAUGCUGAUACAUACAGCUAAUAUUAUCCGUCUGACAUUACAGGCACAAAAAUCUGGUACAGGAGGGGACACUCAAGCUGCUGAAGAUCUCCUUAUUAUUAAUAAGCCACUGACAGACCUAAUUAGCCUACUUAUUCAGUUGCUUCCAUCUGAGGAUACUGAAAUAUAUGAGAAUACCUCACAGUGCUUGUCAUUGUUAGUUCAGCUCUAUGGUGGGGACAACAUGGACAGUAUGUCUCCAGAAAACAUGGACAGCUUUGCUGAAGUGCUGCAGUGCAAGAAGGAAAGGAAAGAUCAAAAGCUUUUGUUGAGAGUCAUCAAAAGACUGAUAACUUCUAAUGAGAAACACAGUGAAACCUUGAAGAAUGAUGGAGAUAUUCUUGUUCACACGCUAGAAAAAUUGGCCCAAACUGGCAGCUCCCAUGCUGAUAUAGUAAUUUCUUCCUUGGCUUCUGAAAUCCUGAAGAAAAUUGAACACCAUUAAGCCUCCUUCAACUGAUGCCACUAAAAAACUUGUAAGUUUGCUUGAG